AUGAAGAGGGAUCAUCAGCAAGCCACCUGCGGUUUCGGUGGCGGCCCGGAUGAAUCUGCAUCGGCUUCAAUGGCGGCGAGCUGUGGUGGUGGGAUUGGGAAAGGGAAGCUCUGGGAGGAAGACCAGGAUGCGAGCGGGAUGGAUGAAUUGCUUGCUGUUUUGGGUUACAAGGUCAGGUCGUCGGACAUGGCCGACGUCGCCCAGAAGCUUGAGCAGCUGGAGAUGGCCAUGGGGACGGCGCAAGACGACGGGAUUUCUCAUCUCGCCUGCGACACCAUUCACUACAACCCUUCGGAUCUCUCCGGCUGGGUCGACAGCAUGUUAUCGGAGUUCACCAACCCGCCCAAUAGCCAUUCCGCUGGCGGAAACGGCGGCGGAGGUGGCUCUUCCUCGAUUUCUUCAAUGGAUUUCUCCACCCCCACACAGUCCCACAAGUCCGCGGUCUUCAGAGACGAUUCCGAGUACGACCUCAGAGCAAUCCCCGGCGUCGCUGCUUACCCGCAAGCAGAUGAAUCGGACAAGGAUAGCUGCAGGAAGAGGAUGAAAACUUCAGCUGGUGGUUCUUCAAAUUCCGGUGGUUCUUCCCUCUUGGCCCCGGCGGCGGUAUCCUCGCCUUCUUCCUCGUCCUCGCCACCACCGCCGAUUGCUGCAGCCGACUCGGCCGGUGGUGCUGAUAGAUUCGCAGGAGGCCGGGGUCAGGCUCGUCCACACCCUCCUCGCCUGCGCCGAGGCGGUCCAACAGGACAACGUGAAGCUCGCCGACGCGCUCGUCAAGCACACGGGGUUGCUCGCGGCGUCACAGACCGGCGCCAUGAGGAAAGUCGCGACCUACUUCGCCGAAGCUCUGGCUCGGCGGAUUUACAAGAUCUACCCACAGGACUGCCUCGACCCUUCCUAUUCCGAUACCUUAGAGAUGCACUUCUACGAGACCUGCCCUUACCUGAAAUUCGCCCAUUUCACGGCGAACCAGGCGAUCCUCGAGGCCUUCGCCACCGCCAAUCGGGUCCACGUCAUCGAUUUCGGGCUGAAACAGGGGAUGCAGUGGCCGGCACUUAUGCAGGCCCUAGCAUUACGCCCCGGCGGGCCGCCGGCCUUCCGGCUGACCGGAAUCGGGCCGCCCCAGCCCAACAACACGGACAAUUUGCAGCAGGUCGGGUGGAAGCUGGCCCAUCUGGCGGAGACGAUCGGCGUGGAAUUCGAAUUCCGAGGGUUCGUGGCCAACAGCCUGGCAGAUCUGGAGCCGGAGAUGCUGGAUUUGCGCCCCGCCGACGUGGAGGCGGUGGCGGUGAACUCGGUGUUCGAGCUCCACCGCCUGCUGGGCCGGAGCGCCGGGAUGGACAAGGUGCUGUCGACGAUCAAGGCGAUGAAGCCGAAGAUCGUGACGGUGGUGGAGCAGGAAGCGAACCACAACGGGCCGGUGUUUGUCGACAGGUUUACCGAGGCGCUGCACUACUACUCCAGCCUGUUCGACUCGCUGGAAGGCUCGGCGGCGUCGCCGUCGUCGCCGACGACGGCGAGUCAGGACCUGGUGAUGUCGGAGCUGUACCUCGGGAGGCAGAUCUGCAACGUGGUGGCGUGCGAAGGCGGGGACCGAGUCGAGCGGCACGAGACGUUGACUCAGUGGAGGGCGCGGAUGGAAUCGGCCGGGUUCGACCCGGUUCACCUCGGGUCGAACGCGUACAAGCAGGCGAGCAUGCUGCUCGCCCUGUUCGCCGGCGGCGACGGGUACAGGGUGGAGGAGAACAACGGGGCGCUGAUGCUCGGGUGGCACACGAGGCCGCUCAUCGCGACGUCGGCGUGGCAGCUCGCGAGAUGAGUCGGGAGGCUGAGUCAACUCAACUCGGACUCGGUCUGGAAGACGAUGGAAGAUAG